AUGGAAGGCGCCUUUACACACCUCGGCAACCACCUCAUCUCAGACUCUGCGGCCGCGAUAAACGCCGACGCCGGCGACGAUGAGAGCAUUCUGAACGGACUCGGUGGAGACGCGCGGAGGAGGAGGCGCGAUGAGGACGAAGAAACGGAUGUCUAUGAUGACGAAGAUCUGGAGAGUAUGGCCAGUAUGGCCGUGGAUGGCGUGAACGGCAAAUACCCUCACAAGGCGGAGGAAGACGUUGAGCUGCCGCCUCAUGCUUGCGCGUAUUGCGGAAUCCACAACUCCGGCAGCGUCGUCAAGUGCCUAGCAUGCAGCAAGUGGUUCUGCAGCGCUCGCGGCAACACUUCCUCCUCCCACAUUAUCAACCACCUCGUCCGCGCGCGACACAAGGAGGUCCAGUUGCAUCCUGCCUCGCCUCUUGGAGAUACUGUCCUGGAAUGCUACAAUUGCGGAACGAAGAACGUCUUCCUGCUAGGGUUCAUCCCGGCCAAGUCCGACACCGUUGUUGUCUUACUCUGUCGCCAACCAUGUGCUGCUAUGCCCUCGUCAAAGGACAUGAACUGGGAUGUCUCUCGAUGGCAACCGCUCAUUGAGGACCGCUCGUUCCUCCCUUGGCUUGUGUCGGCGCCCUCGGACCAGGAGCAACUGCGUGCUCGACACCUCAGUCCACAGAUGAUCGCGAAGCUGGAAGAAAUGUGGAAGGACAAUGCAAGCGCAACUAUACAAGAUCUUGAGAAGGGCGCGGGAGUCGAUGAUGAGCCUGCUCCGGUUCUGCUCCGUUACGACGAUGCCUAUCAGUACCAGAACGUCUUUGGACCCCUUGUCAAAAUCGAGGCCGACUACGAUAGGAAGCUAAAGGAAUCUCAAUCGCAAGACAACCUAGUUGUCCGCUGGGAUUUUGGUCUGAACAACAAGCACUUAGCAAGCUUCGUCCUUCCCAAGCUUGAGCUCGGCGAUGUCAAGCUUGCCGUUGGAGAUGAGAUGAGGCUGAGGUAUGUCGGUGAGCUCAGGUCGCAUUGGGAGGGCGUAGGAUAUGUUAUCAAGAUCCCAAACAACCAGUCCGACGAAGUCACCAUCGAACUGCGCACCAAAGGCGACCAUAAGUCAGUACCUACCGAAUGUACACACAAUUUCUGCGCGGACUACGUCUGGAAGGCUACCUCGUUUGACCGCAUGCAGCACGCGAUGAAGACCUUCGCCAUAGACGAGAUGAGCGUUUCCGGAUACAUCUUCCACCGGCUUCUGGGCCAUGAAGUUGCCGCUGCGCCUAUGAAGACCCAAAUGCCGCGCAAAUUCAGCGUGCCCGGCCUCCCGGAGCUUAACGGAAGCCAGAUCAAUGCAGUCAAGAGUGUCUUACAGAAGCCGUUGAGCUUGAUCCAAGGACCGCCCGGAACCGGCAAGACAGUGACAUCUGCAACUAUCAUCCAUCAUCUUGCCAAGAUCAACGGCGGCCAAGUGCUCGUCUGCGCUCCGUCAAACGUCGCAGUUGACCAGCUCUGCGAGCGCAUCCACCGCACCGGUUUGAAGGUUGUUCGCGUCACAGCCAAGUCUAGGGAAGACGUCGAAUCUCCUGUAGGCUUCCUGUCUCUCCAUGAGCAGGUCCGCAUGAAUGAUACCAAUGUGGAAUUGAACAAACUCACUCAGCUCAAGAACGAGCUCGGAGAAUUGUCUAGCCAAGACGAGAAGAAGUACAAGCAGCUCACCCGCGCAGCUGAAAGGGAGAUUUUGACCAACGCGGAUGUCAUCUGCUGUACCUGCGUCGGCGCAGGUGACCCGCGUCUGGCGAAGUUCAAGUUCCGCACCGUUCUCAUCGACGAGUCUACUCAGUCAGCUGAGCCGGAGUGCAUGAUUCCUCUUGUCCUGGGAUGUAAGCAAGUUGUACUCGUUGGAGAUCACCAGCAACUGGGCCCUGUAAUCAUGAACAAGAAGGCAGCGAAGGCAGGCUUGAACCAAUCACUUUUCGAGCGUUUGGUUAUCCUUGGCUGCGCACCUAUCCGCCUUCAGGUGCAAUACCGUAUGCAUCCAUGCCUGUCGCAGUUCCCAUCGAACAUGUUCUACGAAGGCUCUUUGCAGAACGGUGUCACCAUGGCUCAGCGCCUGCGUCGCGAUGUCGACUUUCCUUGGCCUGUCGCCGAUGCGCCGAUGAUGUUCUGGUCGAACUUGGGUAACGAAGAGAUUUCGGCCUCUGGUACCUCGUACUUGAACCGAACCGAAGCCACGAAUGUCGAGAAAAUCAUCACCCGAUUCUUCAAGGCGGGUGUCCAACCUCAAGACAUUGGUAUCAUCACCCCGUACGAAGGUCAGCGCAGCUAUGUCGUCAGCUCCAUGCAGACCAACGGCACUUUCAAGAAGGAGAACUACAAGGAAAUCGAGGUUGCUUCCGUCGAUGCAUUCCAAGGGAGAGAGAAGGACUUCAUCGUGCUUUCCUGUGUCCGAUCCAACGACCACCAAGGCAUUGGUUUCUUGAGCGACCCCCGACGUCUUAAUGUCGCUCUCACUCGUGCAAAGUAUGGUCUUGUUAUCCUGGGCAAUCCCAAAGUUCUUUCCAAGCACCCCUUGUGGCAUUAUCUGUUACUGCAUUUCAAGGAGCGCAACUGCCUUGUCGAAGGUCCACUAUCCAACCUUCAGGUCUCGCUCCUGCAGUUCAGCCGUCCGAAGCAGAGCUACCGCGGCCCACAGCGCUACCAGAUGGCCUUUCAGCACGCGAACAAUAUGACUUCCGGGCGCAGCGGUGCGAACGGCAAGCCCUCUCGCCAAGAAUACAACGACAACGGCUCCAUCGUCGGAUACAUCCCGGACGACGUCUCCUCGGUCUACUCAUCCCAGGUCAGCGGCGUAGGCGCCCAUUCCAACUACCCGCCCAUGUUCCAGGGCUUCUCGGAGCAGUGGCCCACUCUGGGCGGCGCACGCGGAGGUCCCGGUCCCAAGCCUCGUGGCAACGGUGCCGCGAGCGUGGCUGGCGAGUCUGUCGCUGCGAGCGAGCUGACAGAUGCCACGGGCGCUACGCUAGACGGCAAGGGCGGUGUUGCGCAGGGCGGCGUCAGCCUUGCGGGUCUCAGCCUCAACGAUAUUAACAAACCUACGAGCCUCAGCCAGUCGGACCGCCUGAAGCGCUACGUUGAGUCCAACGGACGGGCUGAUCAGAACUCUCCUGCUGGGUAUCGUAACACACACGCACGCGGCGGAUUCGAUGACGACGAUGUCAGGAGUGUCAGUACGGCGUUUGCGAGCCAGAUUGGGCUGGGGAACUAUGACUGA